AUGGCCUUUUUAAAAUUAACUUCAGAGAUUGAUCAACAACCAUUUGUUAUCCCAAAUUUGUCACCUGUUUCGACACCUAACUCAUCAAGAAAAAGUAGCGAUGCUGGUCUAGGUGCAAAUAUAUUCCCACGUGCUAAGAACUUUGAUGGUAUAGUUAACAAUGCUUCUGGAAGAAGAAGAACUUCCCUACCACUUCUAUAA